GUCAGACCAGUUCGCGCCAUUUGUCACGUGAGCAAUGAACAAGAUGGCGACGUCCAUGUUUUGAAAAUUUCCUUGUUCACUUUUUGUUAGAAAAGAUACAGAACCAAAAGGUGGUUUGAUAUGAAGCUGACACGAGAUGAAGCUUAUAAGGUCCUGGAACUACCGCUCGGAGCUGACGGGGACUCCAUCCGCACCAGUUACAAGCGUCUGGCGUUGAAGUGGCACCCAGAUAAACAUGCCAACGACCCAGAGGCCACAAAAAAAUUUCAAGAGGUGUCUGCUGCCUAUAAAAGACUGUCAGCAGCUGAUGAUGAUGACAGUGACUUUGAAAUGAGUCCUCAAGACAUGUUUGACCUGUUUGCUCGGAUCUUCAUGGCCAGUCGACUCAAUAUGUUCGUGCCUCUAGGUGGCUUCAACCCUUAUAACGGCCACUUUGAGUCUGACAGCAGUGACUACACGUCUGAUGACGGGGACACUGACAUUCUCAACAUCAUGGCGGACAAAAUCAAACAGAGAGUAGACGCACGGAGAUUCAACAAACAGCCGGAUGUUGGCAGACCAGCUCAUAGAUUGACAGAGGAUCAAGCUAGAAAAAAUGCAGAGGAACUUAUAGCAGAAGAGGAGAAAAGGAAAAAAGCAGCAGAGAAGAGAAGAGCCAAGAAAAAGAGAAGAAAGGAAAAGAAAAGACAAGAAAAGGAAAAGCAGGGAAAAGAGGAUAUUGUAGAACCAGAAGAAGAGGAAGAUAUAGAUGACCCAGAAGAUGCAGAUAGUAAAAAGUCCUUCCACCAAACAGAUAAAAUACUAGCGAAUGGGAAAGUUGAGUCUUCCACAAAAAAUCCCAACGGUGAUAGUAGAAAUAAAAAGAAGAAAAAGGAUAGCAAAAGGGUUGUGGAAGAGUCCUCAUCUUCAGAAGAAGAGGAGCCUUUUUUCGACCCAAAUAGUGCAUUUGUGGCCAACGCUGCCAAGAAAAGCGUGCAAGCUGCAGCAGCCUCCAGCAGCAAAAGUGCAGGCCCCUCUAAAAAGGAGAAGGCAGUUAAUGGUCAGGACAGAGGUAGAAAAGAGAAAAAAGAUCAAGAAGAAGAAACGAUAGAAGAGUUAGAUCCAGUUGUUUUGAAAAGCAGACAGAUAGCAGUACGUGGAAAUGAAAUGGCAAACCACGGGCAUUAUGGGAAUGCAGUAGAGCUCUUCACAGCAGCCAUUAAGUUGGACCCGUCAGACUUCAGGUUCUUUGGGAAUCGAUCCUACUGCUUUGACAGGAUGGGCCUCUAUGACAAGGCUCUGUCAGAUGCAGGCAAAGCCAUAGAUAUUGCACCAGACUGGCCAAAAGGAUACUUCAGAAAAGGUCGUGCCUUGGCAGGAUUAAAAUUAUUUGCAGAUGCUGAACGAGCAUUUGAAAAAGUGCUAAAACUGGACAGGAACUGUGAGGAUGCCAUGCAAGAACUUCUUAGAGUCAGGACUCAGCAGCUUAUGGAAAUGGGCUUCUCCCGCCAACAGAGUGAACAUGCCAUCCGGGUGCAUGGAACGGUUCAGGCAGCUUUAGACUCUCUACUAGCAGGUGUUGUUCAGGAAUCUAGUCUUUCACAAGAAGUUUACCUGUCUGAUGAAGAAUUUGACCACUAUAGCAACGUGCCUACAUUCACUGAAGUCCUCCCAUCGGGUACAGCCAGAGCUGGAAGUACAAAACCUCCAGUGGAUGGUGUCACGGCUUUGUGGGUAGGCAAUGUCCUUCCCAAAGUCAAAGAAGAGCAAAUAAGAAAAUUAUUCAAAAAAUAUGGGGAGAUCACAAGUGUGCGCAUGCUGUCCGACAGAUACUGCUGCUUUGUCAACUUCAGAUCAAAAGAUGCCGCAGACUUGGCAAUGAAAGGGCUACAAGGACAUGAGUUAGAAGGGCAACACCUCCUGAUAAAGUACCCAGACAACCCUAUAGUAAACGGGCAGCGAACCACGGUCCUGAGGAAAACAAACAUCGCCAUCCCCACAACAACACCUGCCACCAGCACUGCCACAGUCAAGCCCACCUCCACACUCCCACAGCAGCCCAAACCUAAACAACCUGCCAACAACCAGAAGGGCCAGGGGAACAAGGAACAACAGAGGGAACAGCAGCAGUCACGUGGGAAAGGGAACCCAGCUGUGCAGGUGGCUCAACAGAACAACAUGCGGACACAACAGCACACCCAGGCUCUAGAACUGGACAAGAAGUCAGGGCCAGUAAAAACAUCCAACGGAAACGAGUGUUACUUCUGGCGGACGACCGGCUGCCAUUUUGGGGACCGCUGCAUCUACCAGCACAUUCCAGAGAGCAAGGGCUGUGAGAAGAAGCCCUGGCAUAAAUAGCCAUUCCCUCCCUCCACACUCACACAUCUGCAUACUUACAAUGCCACAUCCCGGAAUAAGCUUACACAACAGUGCUAGAAGUGUUGGGGAUAUCUGAAGCACCUGGAAUGUACAUGUAAAGUCCAGGUCACAUACAUCAUACAAUAGGAGGUUUUCUGCAAUGAUAGACUGAUUGGGGAAGAAAUUGGUUAAACCAUUGCACCCAUUUCAUCUCUAACCUUCAAUAUGCUGCAAUAUCAUUUGCAAAAAAGCAACAUUAUGGGUACAUCAUACAAUGUGUGUGACCUGGGUGUAAAGAAAGACCCAUGGCUGCUUGUGAAAGCCGGCCUAGGUCUGGUAAGGUACUAUUGCAGGUCUUGUAUUCUGACGAAAGUGUAGGCUUCAUCCUGGUGCAACAGGACACUCCAACACUUCUACUGAAAUUUGUGGUUUUGUUGAUGUUGUGUUUUUUGUAGACUUGUGCCAGCUGACAACUCAGUGUCUCUGGAUAUAAAGGAUUAACCACUUACUCAGACACUGACAAGUGUUAUCUCUUGAGAUAAUAACUACCACAGUAUAAACAUGCUACUUUUGUUUACCCAGCUGAUAGCCUCAGUCACAAGUACUGAAGUACAUGUUUGUUAAUAGUUGUCCGUCCUAAUGAAGGCCAUUCCUUUGGUGAAAUAUGCAAUGUAGUAUACAGUAUUAGGCUAUGAAUAAUUUAUUCUUCAUGAUAAUCAUCAUACUUCAGUUGGCUUGACAUUGUUAGUAAGUAUGGUCCUUUCCAUCUGCUUUUUGUUUGGUUUAUCUGUGUUAAGUAAAUGUGCGGUUGAAUUUCAGUGUGGAAAACCUACCAAUGGAUAUAAGUGUACUCAUGACAGCUCAGCUCAUUCAGAUUGGCCAUGUAUCUGAAGUACCCAGUAUUUCGAAGGUUAAGAGCACAGAAGCCCAUUUCUCUGAGUCCAUUCCUAUGCAAUCAGAUGAGUCCAACUGACAAAUUGUUGUGACCUAAGAGGUUAAUGUACCACUCUACAUUUAACAUUUUAGUGCAAGAGUAUUCCCACAAUUGGCACUGCAAGUUGGACAAAGUAGCCACACAGGUAAAGGGUUCAACUGCUUCAGCCCAGUCACAUGAAUGGUGCAUCUUUGAUAGAGGCUUUCUACGAGAAUAUUGCUGUACAUUUUAGAUUUGAAAAGAAACGGGUGCAACAGUUUAAAAUUAAACCAUUGCACGUUUCUUCUCAAACCAAUCAUGCAUCAUGAUAUUGUCAGAGAAUUGAAUCUUAGGUGCAUCACACGAUGUAGGAGACUGAGGCCUUACAUUGAGUACAAGAGGAUCUUUGUGAGGGGACUUUUGGCCAGUUAUAUCUGACAUUUUGCACAACUUAGGUUCCCAGCUUAACAUUCCUGUUAUUCACCAGACAGUGCUCAUUCUGAAGUACCUCUGAUGCUCUGGUACAAUACUGUUCAAAUCUAUGUAAACUAUUCUAAUCUGUCUAAGGCAUUCCAUGUCAAACUUUUGUCUGAUUUUGCAUCACAAGCUCUUUGAGGUCUGUUACAGGAUUUGUUUGCCCCUUGAUUCCAUAUUGCUAUAUUGUGAUAUGAUGCAAGAUGUAAAAGUAUUAUUGAAAAGACAAUUGUACUUUCUGUCAAAUCUUUGGAUACCCAGUGGUUGCUCAGCCAAUGAAAUCAAGUUAGGAAGCCUUAGUGCAGAUGUUGACUUGAGUCCAGAGCCUCAAAAACAGUAGGUCCUGGCCUGGAGUCUUGCAGCUGGACAAUAGAUUAUGCAGGUUUCUCACCACAAGCCCACCUAGGUUCCAAGGUAGCAUGGGACCAAUUCAUAGCAUCCAUUUCCAAUGUUUCUGUAUUGAAGUGAAGAGUUUCUGUAAUCAUGAUUGAAAUAUCAAUUCUAUCUACUGGUUGAAAUUAUUGCCCAAGCGUAGCCAAUCAAGUUAAACGUUUAUUAUUUACUAAACAAAACAUUUAUAUAUUUUUUGUUUUCUUUGUGCACACAGUUGUGAAUAUUGCUGAUUUUUGUCAGGCAACCUAAAAGGGAUGGCCAGGAAGGGUCUGAAGGCAUGUGAAAAUGUACCUACAAUUUUGGUUUUCCUGCCAGCUUCUGAUGACAUUUUGCGGGUCCAUCUACCUUUUUGUCAGGACUUUUGUGCAAAUUGGUACAUUUUUAUUUCUUAACUUGCAGUUUUGACCAUUUUUGCGCCACAAGUCCUUCCUGGUCUACCCUUAAUAGUAUGUGUGCUCCAGUUUGGAGUAAAGUUACACAGUAUAUAAGUUGUUUAUGAUAAGUAAAGCUAUGCAUUAUUACACUAGAAACGAAAAAUUACUAACCCUUGAAGUGCAUAUUAAGUGCAUAUUGUACAUGUACUCCAGGGUUGCAGGGCUAGGCUCCAAAGUCAAUGUGAUUUCCUCUGUGAUAUUUGUUUGUACAGAAGUACACAAUUUUUCCAUCUUGUUAUGGCAAAAGAUGUGAUGGGAUAAGCUAUGUGGAGAAGCCAUCCUGUGAUGUGAGUGGAAAUGUGACAAACUUUGAGAUGCCAAUCCUUAUACAUAGCUUAACACAGUGCCAAGAUAGUUGUAGCUUUAUCUAAUCAAGAUAGACUUAGAAGUACCUUUAUUGUUUAUCCAUUCAGAUUAAAUGCAAGGUCAUUGCCUCAGCUAAGUGGAAAUUCUGCAUUAUACUCGUACAAGAAAAACUUUGCAUAUUGGAAAUGAGUAAAUGUUUGUAAAUGGAGAUAUGUUUCACAGGGUAUUUUCUGCAUAUCCAAGUCAAACAUAUACAGUCAAACUUAGUGACCGCUGAAAGGACAAUGGUCACUGUAGACUGGUAGCCUCUGUAGACAGGAGUGUUACUGCUUGGGGCAAUCAUAAAAUAAUCCAAGUGGCCACUAAAAAAGUGGUCACAAUGGCCAUGUGGUUCUCAUGCAGAGGUGGUCACCAGUACAGGUCUGACUGAUCAGUUCUGAAGGUUUGACACAAGCUGAGGCAAUACCUUAACACCUUUUUGUUCCUUCUAUGUAAAUGACAUAAUUGAAUAUUUUUCUGUCAGAUAAAUGGAUGGUUCUCUGCUCAUGUAACACACGAAUGUUGCUAACAAGAUGAAGCAAAAUAUGCAUCUGAUUUUUAUACUGAAUGACAGGUGACAAUAUCUGGCUUAAUAAACAGCUUUAUGCAGAAA